AUGGCGGCAACGAAGGAGGGGAAGGUGAGGUACAAGAUUUACAGGGCGCUCACCUACGGUGUAUCGCCGGUGCUGGACCUCCACCUCCGGUUUCGCUGGCUCCGAGGCCGCGAACACUCGCACCGCUGGACCGAGCGUCUUGGACGUCCCUCUCUUCCUCGCCCCCCGGGCCCUCUCCUCUGGUUCCAUGCCGUCUCUCUCGGUGAAGGAAUGAGCGUGAUUCCGAUAAUCAAACAUUGCAUAUAUCAAAGACCCGAUUUGAACGUUUUAAUGACAGCAGCAACUGUGUCUGCUUUCGAAGUAAUAUAUAAACAGCUUCCAAACGGUGUCGUAUAUCAAUUUGCGCCGCGUGAUACUCCGACUGCGGUCGGUGCUUUCCUUGACCAUUGGAAGCCAAAUGCAAUCAUCAUUAUAGAGAGUGAAUUAUGGCCUAAUCUUAUUAUGGCUGCUUCGAAAAACAAUAUAGUGCUGGCACUGUUAAAUGCUCGGAUUUCUGCAAAAGCCUUUAAGCUUUUUUCAGGACCGGUGCUUCUUCCACUGAUUUCGUUGAUGCUUUCAAAGUUUUCUUUGAUUGUCCCAUUGAGCACUAUGCAGGCUAUCCACUUUCAACUACUGCAAGCCCCUCCUUGUAUCAUCAACUUUUCUGGCGACUUGAAAUAUGUGGUGGAAGAUUUUGACGUUUCUGAGGAAGAGUUGAGAAGUAUAGAAGAUCUGAAGUUACAGCUUCCCCACAGGCAGGUUUGGAUGUCUUCUUCUAUACACAGGGGUGAAGAAGAAAUGAUGCUAGGAGUUCAUGCAGUGUUUACAGAAAUGCAUCCUGAUAUGCUCACUAUACUUGUACCACGGGAUCCAUGACAUGGACGAGAAAUUGCUCAAGAAUUGCAGAAAGAAGGUCAAAACAUAGCAUUGAGGUCUCGACAUGAAAAGCUGGUGGCAGGAACAACUAUAUAUAUUGUCGACACAUUCGGUGAGUUAAGAUACUUGUAUGGCGUAACUCCAAUUGCUGUAGUUGGAGGUUCAUUCUUCCCAGGUACAGCUGGCCAUAACAUAUCAGAAGCUGCUGCAGCUGGCUGUGCUGUUUUGACUGGUCAUCAUGUUGGGCAUUUCUCACACAUGGUUCUUGAAAUGCAACGGUUAAAUCCUUUGUCUGUUUUUCAGGUUUCUGGAAAAGUAGAGCUUGAGAAAGUGCUCAAGGAGCUAUUCAGUGAUGCUAAAGUUUUGGAAUCACGUCGCAUGGCUGCAAAACAAUCAAACUACUCUCUUUCCAGGGGCGUCAUUGCCAAUGUCUGGAACCUACUGAAUUUGCAUGUUUUCAAACGGGCUCUCUGUUAG